AUGGCGUCCGCUGCGCCGUCUGUCGCGGAGGAAUCCGCGUCGAAACCGGCGGAUGAGUUCCCGGCCAAGGCGGAUGGAGGGAAGGCAGAGUGCUCUCCGAGCGUUGCUCAGAUCGACUCUGCUGUGCUUCCUGAACCUGCAAUUCAGAGCGAUAAGGAUGUCGUUUCCGAAAUGGCGACUAGGAGCGGUAGGGAUGGCAAUGCGGAUCGAGCG